AUAGAUAAAACUUAUUUCCGGUCCAAUUAAAAAAAUUUUUAUAUUUGUUGAAUACAAUAGAUACGUCUACAUCAAUUUAAUAAAUAUAAACUAUUACUAGUAUGGCAUUGCAGAUGCACGAAUUCAAAGUAGAAAUGACGUGUGAAGGAUGUGCCAAUGCUGUUACAAAUGUACUUAAUAAGAAAGAAGGUGUCCGUAAGGUAGAAAUAGAUCUACAAGCAAUGAAGGUAAUUGUAACAUCUACGCUUCCUCCUGAUGAAAUAUUACAGGCUAUUAAAAAAACUGGAAAAUCAUGUCACUUUGUAGGAGUAAAAUAA